CAUCCGGGUUACUGGUGGCUGAUUUGACGCGUCACGUCUCUGUGUGAAAGCGCUGCCGUCCCCUUGUCGAGUCAUCGCCAGAGAAGAGAAGAGCAGAGCUACCAGAGAGAGAGAGAGCAGACGGAGCCGCCGUCCGUCAGAUGGCUUGAAAACUAAGGGAAUAACUGUGGAUCAACAGCGGAUUUAUUGCGCCACACAAGACACAAGACACAAGACAAAACGGCGGUCACAUCACAGGAGCUGGACCUGGACGUUGCUACGGAUACAGCAUCUUUGAGUAGACCCGGACACAGACAGACAACACGGAGACAGACAGAGAGAGAAGCACCGGAGCCUCCGCGACACCAGCGGGCGAACUUGGCUCUCCUACCCGGUGGGAGGUGUCUGUCUGUCGGCUCCAGCUUGCUGCACACACCGGACCUUUUUUAAAAGGGUUAGCUUGUAGCUAAGUUUUUGUAAAUAGCUUCUUUUUUUUCGGGGGUUUCUUGGCAACCAACUGUGGCUUUAAUGUGACGCACUAUAUACUGACAUUAAGUGUCUGCUGUGUUGGAGCUGAGAGAGGAGACCUCCACUGCAGAGGAGGCUUUAAAUCAAGUUUUUACCUUCAUAUUUCUACGGUGACAGCACAGACCACACCAAUGUGAUAGUGACAGGAGCGGAAGCAGAUCAAGCUGGGCCAGGCUAGGCCAGGCUAGGCCCACCUAGCCUUCUGUCUGGCCUUACCAGACGGGCUAGCGACCUCCUAUCUUCAAAGAGCAGUAGGGGGGGGGGCUCCAGCCUGUUCUUCCAGAAACUCCACCAGACCUCCACGUCAAGCUGUGACGGGUUGGAUUCCAAUCAUAUUUUGCUUUAUCAGCCUUUGGGAGGCCGUACUGGUCUGUUGUAUCUCCAGUCCUUCCAUGUCGUGGACGUCCCUCUCUGGAUGUUGGCACCAGGAUGGAUUCGGGUGUUAAUUUGACGGUUGUCACCUCAUUGCAGCGCUUGCACCCCCCCUCCUUUGACUGGCUUUUGUCCCUUCCCUCCCCAGUCUUUAAGCGAAAGCCCCUUCCUCUCUCUUGGGGCUUCCCUGAGCCCUGCACAGAAGGAACUUGUAGGAACUGUAGGUUGUCUUGUUGAAACAGUUGACAAAGAGGAAGUAGCGUUACCCAUCCCUUUUUUCUUUUUCCCUGGAGUUUCAUCGGAGGUUGGAGAGCUUUUCAUUUGAAAAAGAAGAAGCUUGAUAGUAAUCAACCACCACGUAGGUUGAUUACUCACAUAACAGAAGUCCUUAAGUACAGAAUUCCCUUUUUGUGGUCUGAGCCUCGGGGAGGAAUGUCUGAAAGCAAUAGCAGCAGCAAUGCAGUGAAAUUCAUUGCCCCGGCCCCGCCUCCCCCCUCUGCCUCUCCCUGUCCAUCACCCCAGACCCCCCAUAAGAAUGUGAACGGCUCUGCCAGUUCAGACUCGCAUGUGGUGGAGACGCUCAGCGGACACACCGUGGUCCAACGCCGGCGCCACACGAUGGAUAGAGACUCUAAAAUAGCUGAGCACCGCUUCUUCCGCCGGAGCGUCAUCUGUGACUCCAACGCCACGGCUUUGGACCUGCCCAGCAAGGCGGCUGUGAUACUCACCUCGCCUCCGGACUUUGAAGGGCCUGCCACCUUCUGCUUUCUGCAGCCCUCGGGUCCUGGACCCGGGGUAAAAGAUGCUGAAGGCGGGGAGGUCCCGAGAGGUCCCUACGUGCUAAGCUCGACCCUUCAGCCUGGUCUUGGUGGGGCAGUGGCGGAGGGGCACAUAGAAGAUGCGGAGGAAGAUUUAAGUGAGGGCAGCAUCACGGUUGUUGUUCCCACCAGUAGUAUAGUUGAACUCAGAGCAGAUGGGGCAGUAAAAGAGCCCAGCCCGACAGUAUUGGAUGUUACCGACAAAACGGCAGGCAAACAGCCUGAAGUCACGUUGCGUGCCAGAGGGACAGAGUCCACACAACAGGUGGCAAAAGAUGGAAAAGUGACAGAACAAGGUAGCGUUAGUAGUCCGACCGAGGAGAAGGAGAGGGAGACGGAGGAGGAGAAGGAGCUGGCGAAAGCACGGGCGGAGCAGAGGGAGGCCGAGAAACGAGUGCAAGAGGAUAUAGAGGAAGUGGAGACAAAAGCUGUGGGGACUUCACCAGAUGGGCGCUUCCUGAAAUUUGACAUUGAGAUCGGAAGAGGGUCCUUUAAGACCGUCUACAAGGGGCUGGAUACAGAAACUACUGUGGAAGUGGCGUGGUGUGAGCUCCAGGAUCGCAAGCUGUCCAAGUCGGAGCGUCAGCGCUUUAAAGAGGAGGCCGGGAUGUUGAAGGGUCUCCAGCAUCCUAACAUUGUCCGCUUCUAUGACUCCUGGGAGGGACCAUGCAAAGGAAAGAAAUGUAUUGUUCUGGUCACGGAGCUCAUGACAUCUGGCACGCUCAAAACCUACUUGAAGCGUUUCAAGGUGAUGAAAAUCAAGGUCCUGCGCUCAUGGUGCAGGCAGAUCCUCAAAGGCCUUCACUUCCUGCACACCAGAACCCCGCCCAUCAUUCACAGGGACCUGAAAUGCGACAACAUCUUCAUCACGGGGCCAACGGGCUCGGUGAAGAUCGGGGACCUGGGUUUGGCCACGCUGAAGAGGGCCUCCUUUGCCAAGAGUGUCAUUGGAACACCAGAGUUUAUGGCUCCAGAGAUGUACGAGGAGAAGUACGAUGAAUCCGUAGACGUCUACGCCUUCGGGAUGUGCAUGCUGGAGAUGGCUACCUCAGAGUACCCCUACUCUGAAUGUCAAAACGCCGCCCAGAUCUACAGGCGGGUCACUAGUGGAGUGAAGCCUGGUAGUUUUGACAAGGUAGCCAUUCCUGAGGUGAAGGAGAUUAUAGAGGGCUGCAUCAGAACAAACAAGGAUGAGAGGUAUGCUAUAAAGAUCCUGUUGAACCAUGCGUUCUUCCAGGAGGACACGGGGGUCAGGGUUGAACUGGCAGAAGAGGAUGACGGGGAAAUGAUUGCCAUUAAACUCUGGCUAAGGAUAGAAGACGUGAAGAAGCUCAAAGGCAAAUACAAAGACAACGAAGCCAUCGAGUUCUCCUUUGACCUGAACAAGGACGUCCCUGAAGAUGUGGCCCAGGAAAUGGUUGAGUCUGGCUACGUCGCUGAGGGUGACCAUAAGACCAUGGCCAAGGCUAUCAAGGACCGUGUGUCACUGAUUCGCCGGAAGAGAGAGCAGAGGCAGCUGGUACGAGAGGAACAGGAGAGGAGAAAACUAGAGGCUGAACAACAACUACAGCUGCAGCAACAACAGCAACAACAGCAACAACAACAACAACUACUACAACAACAACAACAACAACAACAACUACAACAACUACAACAACAACAACAACAACAACAACAGCAGCAGCAGCAGCAGCAACAACAACAACAACAGCAGCAGCAACAAGAGGCACUCCAACCUUCACAAACACAGGUAGAAGCAGAGGAGACUGACGUGGAGCAACAGCAGCUUCACUACCAGCAGACCGGCAUCUCACACACAUCUGAAGGCGGUCUGGACAGCGGCCAGGGCUCCUCAGUCUUCUCCUCGGACUCCCCCCACCUGGGUCAGCUGACCAUGUCUUACAGCGGCUCCCCCUCCUCCCACCCCCCUUCCCAGCCCCAGACCCCCUACCCUUCCACCCCCUCCGCUAACCCGCAGCAGCACCCCGGCUACGCCCAGCCGCCGCAGCCAAUGCCUGCGUCGCGCCGCCGUCGAAGUCGUAGCAUGUCUGUUUGCGUCCCCCCCUCCUCUUACUCCCUUUACCCUGCUCCUCCGCCCCGGGCCGUUCCUCCAAAGCGGCCCUCCACCCCUCCUCCAGACCUGUCUUCCUCAUCCUCCUACACCGCCACCUCCCCCUGCAUGCCUCUCGCAGCUGAGAGGGACACAUUCGCCGGGCGCCUGUCCAAGGCCCUGGAGACGGUCCUACCCCUUCACUCUGCCUCCUGUCAGCCCACGGCCAGGCAGCGGAGGGCCAGCCUGCCCGCCCUGUUCUACACCCCUCAGCAUUCAAUGCCGCACCCGUACGGUGGAGGAGGAAGCACAGGAGGAGCGGGAGGGAGCAUCCCCCUCCAAACUCUCCCCGACCCCCAAAACAUUUUCUUCCCCUCCAUCCCCGAGCGCCCCAUUUCCUUCUCGCCUCCUCCCACUGGGCCUCCUAAGGCCUACAACACCCAGAGACGCAAGAGCACGUCCAUUCUGGAGGCGCACACCCGACACUUCCAGCCCGCCUAUACUCGCUACGGGAGCAGCCUGCAUCCCUUCGCUGGGAUGGAGGCUGUCGAGACGCCCCCUCUCUUCAUGGUGAAUCCCGGUUUCACAGCAGCUGCUCAAAGGCUUGGCGUCGGAGAGCCGCUGCAUCUCCAGGGACAAUCUGACCCCAGUUUUUACGCUUAUAAAGACAUGAGAGCAGAGCACGAGGAAGCAGUGAGGAGAUUAAGUCUAAAUCAAGCUGCCUUAUUGGACCAUUAUGAAGCGAUGGCGUAUGGAGGAUACCCAAUGACUGCACACCAGCUAGGCCACUUGAGUUUCCAUCAGCAGAGGCAAGCAGCGGCUGCAGCUGCUAGUUUGGCUUUUGAUCCCGGUCCUCCACCUCAACCAGCGUUCUUGCACGCACACAUCAUGCAAAGAAUGAACGCACACAGCCCAAUCCCUCCGCCUUUACCUCCCAUGAGCGCGCCCACCGGUGGCUGUUCUUCAUCAUGUGAUGGAUGCUAUCCUCCACCGCAGCAUGCCUCCUCUUCCACGUUCCCUAUUUCUGCACCUCCAGUCAUGGCUGAAGCCCCACCGCCGUCUGGAAGUGUUUUUGAGUUCCAUUUAGCUGCAGCCGCCGCAGCUGCCGCCGGAGACCCAAGCCUCCUUGCGUCCAGACUUUACCGGGGCCGAAGGAGCUCCAUGGACCUCCCUCUGGAAGACAACACUGGAACCGGAUCAGGUGGUUCAGGCACAUACAGCCGUCUCCAGCCGGUGACGGAAGAGCUGUACACAUAUGUCAGCCCCGAGCUCCCCUUACCUCCAGGAAGUCUUCUUCUUCACCACAUAGGCUUAGCGGCAAAAGACAGAAGCCCAGAACCUUCUAGUGACUCUAUGGCGUCCUCCGACGCCGGGGAGUUCCAGUCACCUCCUCCCCCACCUCUCCUCCCACCCUUCGACUCCUCGGCCGCUCAGUCCAUCCCUCACCCGUCCUCCGCCGCGCUCUACGAGUCAUCCGGAGGAGCGUUUCACGUAGAUCCCCAGGGACAUCCACCCUCCAUGCAGAGCUUUCUCCCCGCCACUCCAUCCGCUGAGCACGGGGGAGCGUCAUCGACCCAGCUGGAGUCUCUGAUGCAGAGCGCUUGGGCUCGGCAUGGAGGAGUGAUACCGGCCCAACCGGAUAUGACGUACCAUGAGUCAUUGCUGGCCAUGCAGGCCACUAACCCCACUCUGCAGCAGGUUCAGGCUCAAACCCCCCAGUCCACUCCAGGACCCCCUCUGGUCCCUGUCACCACCCAGCCGGCUCCUCCCGGGACCCCCCAACAGGUUAUUUCAUCCAGUCACAGUAUUACAUCAGUUCAGAGCCCCUCACACACGUCUCUGUCGCAGGCGUCUUCACAGCCCAGUGUCACUCCGUCUACCGUUUCCUUGGUGACCCUGCGCUCUUCGUCGCCGUCCCUCCCCGUUACCAUGCCGACAGCGGCCGUGGCUUCCCCUCCCUCUCCUCUGCCACUCCCUGUUGGGGUUGUGGUACCUACUAUUGUUUCCCCUGCUCCUCCUCCUCCUCCUCCUUCUUCUCCUGUGCCCAAACCUGUGCCUCAGCCGUUGGCCACGGUGGUACCAAUCAUCAGUGUAGUCACCGCCCCGCCUGAUACUCCCAUGGAAGCCCCUCCCCAGUCUGCCUCUCAGUCUUCAGAGCUUUCCCAGUCCCAACUACAGCCACCUCAAGUUCUCUCAUCCAUAGAGAGUGGCCACUCUGAGAUGUCAGGUCUGAGUGACGGCAACGAGGGAGGAGGAGGAGGUCGCCAUGAAGGGCGCUCCACCAAGCGACAUCAGAGGCGUUCUGUGCGAAGUCGAUCUCGCCAUGAGAAAAUCUCCAAGGCGAAACUCAAUGUCCUAAAUAUCUCCAACCGAGGAGACAGGGUAGCAGAGUGUCAGCUAGAGACCCACAACAGGAAGAUGGUGACCUUCAGGUUUGACCUGGAUGGAGACAACCCUGAGGAGAUCGCCCAGAUCAUGGUCCAGAGCGAGUUUAUCCUGGAGAGUGAGAGGGAGUCGUUCAUCGAGCAGGUCAGAGAGGUGAUAGAGAACGCAGAUGAGAAGGGGCUGGAGAGAGACACGAGCAGCCAGAUGGCAGGUGAUAUGGCGCAGCAGAUUCCUGUUAUAUCUGUCCCCAUGCCAGACAUCGCUCCCAGCGCAUCAGCACAAGUGGUCCAUUCAGCAGGUCGGAGGUUCAUCGUCAGCCCUGUACCUGAAGCCAGGCUGAAGGAGUUUCCCGCCUCUCCUUCUCCUGCCCCCGCACCUCCCGUUGAAACAAUUCCUCCAGCUUCAGCUCCAGCUCCAUCUCAGACUCCGGCCCAGGGUGUGGCGUUGUCCCAGUCUGCCGGAGCAAUCAGCUUACAUCAAGCCUUCUCUGAGCUCAGACAGAACCAGACUCCGAUUGAUCCCGGACCCAGCACCGCCCCAGCCUCCAUCCACUCCACCCAUCCUCCUCUGCAGCCUGCAGCAGCUUCUGUCCCCUCGCAGGCCAGCACAGUCGCUCCCACUGUGGACCCCACUGCUGGACUCGUCCCUUCUAAUUUAAACCAGGCACUGGAGCAGGUCUUGGAUGCCUCUCUUCCUCCCCCUUCCUCCUCCACCCCCUCCUCUAUGCCCGCUGUCUGUCUCAGCCCUCCUUGCUCCUCCUCCCCUCCUCCUACUGUGGUGAAUCAGCCCAUCCUUCAGUCACAGGCUGUGUCCCAACCCCAGGGACAGGUGCAGGUCCCAGGGCAAGCACAGAUUCAGCCCCAGGCUUUCACCCAGCCUCAGUCUCAAACCGCCUCUGCUGUCGUUGCUACUUCAGCGCCCUCCACUUUACCACCUGCCAGCAUUUCCCCAACGAUGCUCACAUCCCCUCCUCCCACCCAGACUCUUCCUCCCGUAUCCUCCCCUCCCUCCUCCACUCUUCCAGCCAGUGAAGUCUCCUCCGAUCAUCCAUCAGUCUCUCCCACCUCCUCCUCUACUUUCACCCCCACCACUGCCAUCCCAGGCCCCCAGCUCGCUCCCUCCGCUGCCUCCCAUCCCUCUCCCCCUUCCUCCACCUCUUCCUCUUCCUCCCCCUUGGGGCUCCAGCCAGUGACCACCAAUGUUCCUUCAGUCCAGCCAACCUUGGUCCACUCCCAGCCACAGACGGCAGCCCUGCCUGGGCAGACGCACACACACUCUGGGGAAUGCGAUGCAAGGUGCGAGGCCUUCGUUGAGUCCCAAGGUAAACCGGACGACAUCCAAGCUCUGGAGAAGAAGCUGCGGUCUCUCUUCAUGGACCUCGGUGGAGGCGUGCCAUCCACCCAGGGAGACGUCUUAGGUGCUGACCCUGCCUCCGGGGCCCACGCGGCAGGGACCUCGUCACCCAUGGGCCCCUGCUCUACCUCCAGCGCAUCUGUCACCACACCUGGCUCCAGCCAGCCAGCCAAUCCUCCCCAGCCCCCGACCAGCCUGUCACUGGGGUCCCCUGCUCCAAUCCAGGGCCCUGGGACACCGAUCACCACCCCUGCACCCAUUGGUUCUAUAGUCAUCCCUGCUUCAACCUUUGGCCAGACCACUCCAUCCAAAACCCCUUUAUCCAGGGUACCGGCCAGUUCUCCUCCUUCAGAACUCCUGCCAUCCUUCCCUGGACCUUGUCUAAUACAGUCCCAGCAGCCUCUGGAGGACCUCGACGCUCAGUUGAGGAGAGCACUGAGCCCAGAGACCGUUCCCGUCAGCACACACACACAGGCCUCUCACAGUGGCAUAACUUCAAUGGGACAACCUAUUCCCUUCUCUCUGGAGGAAGCAACUAUGUCCUCUUCUGCUCCUCCUGGAAUUAAACUGGGAAGAUUUCAGGUCUCGUUGGCUGCUGAAGCACCUCCUGUCCAACGCCCGGCCUGCACUGAAUCCUCCUCCACAACCUCCUCCUCCUCCUCGUCGUCUUCUUCCUCCUCCUCCUCCUCCAGUCUCUCCAGCCCGGAGAACACACUGCACAAGGACUCCUCAUCUCCUCUGAGAGGGGGAGGAGGACAGGGAGGGGACGUUGUGGACGGACUCCCCCAGCGCACUCUGGGAGGGUCCCACCAGCCCUCCCCCCUCACCUCACCGUGCCCCUCUCCUAAGCCCACCACCACCAUCGGACGCUUCCAGGUUACCACCAACCCAGAGGCCCGUGUUGGUAGAUUCUCAGUCAGUCGUGCCCGGGAGCAGAGCAUCGAGCCCAGGCCGACCCCUCCACCCGCUGCCCAGGCUACUAACGGACCCAGUGAUCCUGGGCAGUUUUUGAGUCCAGACUCCACUCAUAAAGCCUCGCUGCCGAGUCUUAACAACAACUCCUUCAAUAACUACAUGAGCAGCGACAACGACUCCGAAUUUGAGGAUGAAGACUUCAAAGUGGAAGUCAGCCACCUCAGAGAAAAGCACUAUCGUGAGAUUCAGGCCCUGCACUCCCGCCAGAAGGAGGAAAUAGACAGUCUCUUUACCAAGCUGGGGAAGGUUCCUCCAGCUGCAGUGAUCCCGCCAGUUAUAGGCUUGACUGGCAGGAGGAGACGACCUACGAAAAGCAAAUCCUCCAAAUCCUCCAGAACCAGCUCCACGCACAGCAGCAAGAGUCCGUUACAGCCAGGCAGCACUUUAUCCGCCCAGAGCGUCCCCACCAUGUACCCCGGCCAGCUGGCUCUGUUAGCCCCCGGAGGAUUAGCCGAUUCGGCCAGCAGUACUCUGCUCCAGCCUCUCAAACCCUCUCCCUCCAGCAACAACAACCUGUGCUCGGCCUACACCAGCGAGGCGGCGCUCUCGGUGCCCAGCCUGUGUGCUCCCACCCCAGGCUGUGUAAAGUUCAGCUGGGGUUCGGAGCGUGUGGCCUUCAAGCCUGGCGGCAGGAGGACGCGCUUUCUGAGUACGCCCUGCUUGGCUCUUUGGAAGAUGGUGAAAAAAGUCUGCCCCUGCAACCAGCUCUGUAGGACUAACAGCACCAAUGCAGUGAGCGGUUCAGGCGGUCUGGGUCAGAGUCAGGGUGGUUCUCAGUGUCUGCCCCCCAACAUGUCCGCCCCCAACCAGAGGAAAGGAACCUUCACCGACGACCUCCAUAAACUGGUGGACAACUGGGCCCGUGACGCCAUGAACCUCUCACAGGGGAAGAGGAGUGCCAAACAGCUGCAGCAGACCCCAGCACAGGGACAUAGCUACGAGGUCAUCCAGUCAGCCAGUCUGAGCAGGAAGUACUCUGCUCCCAGCCAGCUGUGUCCCAGCAGCAUCGGAGGUUCAGCCCACCUCCCUACGAACUCCACCACUGCUACCUCUCUGGCCGCCCGCAAGGGCUCCCUGUGCCACCCCCCCGCCUCCUCCACUCCACCUCAACCCCAGCCUCCCCAGUUCAUCCACUACACCCCCACCGCGGCCUACAGCGCACAAUGGUCCGGUCCGACUCACGGCAUGUCGACCCCGCAGCAGGCCCCGGCGCAGCCCGGGCCUCUACUGGUCAGCACCUCCCAGCCCCUGGGCCCCUACCCCACCACGGUGGGCGGACAGGGCCAGAUUCCCGGGCAGGGACCGCUCCAGGCUUUCCACCUGACCAACUCUCUCCAGAAGUCGGUCAGCAACCCAGGAGGACCCAACCUGAGGACCACGUAGGGCUGGGGGUGAGGGCUGGAUUGAAUCACGGCCCGACUGGACUGGACUGGACUGGCGUGGAACAGAGUGUUUACGGGUUUGAUCGGCCAGAGAGGACGGAAGAACUGGAGGGAGCGUGGAGAGCGAGGAGUUUUGAAAUGACAGAAGCUGACCUGUUCAAGAGGAGGAAAAGGAAAUGAAGAGGAGCGAAGAAUGCGACGUGGCCACAUCUCCACAGUGUGUGUGUGACGCAUCUCGCCUCUGCAUCCAAUACGCAAACGCAGUCACACAAUCUCCCUUUUGUGCUGUGUUUGUAUUUGUCAGCCAAAUGCUCAAGGAUAAAGGAAAAAAGACUCACGAGUGCAAUGUUUAAAAGGCCAAAGAGGUGUUGACAGGGUGCGGGAUUGGUGUUAAUAACUUGUUUGGUAUCAGGUAUUGUGUAUGCGCACACUUGUUCCAUUUCAUGCUCUACAUUUGAGUGGACAAGUCUUUACAAGGCAGGUCACACAAUCACCCAGCGGAGGGGAGAUGUAGCAUCAGGUUGAAGGGGGACGAAUGUGGUGGCCAGCUUUACACAGCACCUCUUAAUAGCUUCUAAUGCUGUAAUUGCUUUAACGUUUAGCUCUCAGACUGAGGAUUAAAGAAAAUCACAAGCUCUCAAAGAAGAUAUGAAACUUGCUACAAUGCAGUUUUUCCAAAUUUAAUACAGAAAAGACCUCUAUUAAGAGGUAUACAGAGGGGAGCAUGGCUGGCCAUCGCAUUAAGGUCGUCUGUCUUAGCAUCAAACGAUGCACGAGAAGCUACAUCACUCUGGAAUAAUUGCAGUUUGCGUCUUUUAAAUGUGCUUAAAAGGAAGGAUGCCGCAUAGCAGCAGGUAAAAAAGCUUUGAUAUCAGGUGAGAGCAGAAUGGAGAGGUGUUUAAGUUCAGGAAGUGUUUUUUUCUUCAGUAUUCAGAAUUUGGAAAUGUUUCCUCAAUUCAAAGCACAAACUAAAUCAAGAUCAAAUCAAAACGCACAUUUGAACAUCUGGGGGGUUUUGACUCGUCGGCUUGAGGGAAAACCGUGACAGCUACUCCUCCUCGUUACCUUCUUGUGUCUUGUUCCUCCCACAAAAACCGCUCAAACAGACGGAGAGAGAUGGAGGAAAGAAAGAGGAUGAAGAGCAGCGAGAAGAGUCAAACACCCUCUUCACACACGUUUUCCUGUUCACACACUGGCUGUGUGCGUUAUUACUGAAAGUACUGACUGGACAGGACAGGACGCCUCUUCACCAUCACGACUCCACCUCCUCUUCUUCCUCCAUCCCUCUCGCCGCCUCUCUGUUGCCAUUUGAAGCAAUAACAGCAGAAAACCUUUUAGAGGGAGAAAAAAAAAAAAGCCCGAACAUGAGAGAACUCAGCGUGAAAAAAGUGGCCUUGUUAUCAGAAUAAUAUCAGAGUCCCUGUACAGUUUGUGUUUAUUUUUUAGCCAUGAUGAUUCCAUUUUGUUGUUUUAUUUUGUCGGGUUUGUUGUGCUUGCUGCCCCCCAGCUCGCAAUCUAACACACACACACACACACACACAUAAUGCAUGAGACAUUCAUAUAAACACACACACACACACACACACACAGACUCAUGUAAAUACACACACAUAUCGUUGGAGCAGCCGUUUAACAGACCGAUUUCACAGACUAAUGCCUCAGUUCUUUAGUGUCAUCAUUAGGUUUUGGUUUCGACAUCUGUUGUUGGAACGAUUGCAAUGUACAUUGUUGUUGUUAAUGAUUAUUAUUCUAUUUAAAAAAAAAAGAAAAGAAACAAAAUUCUGUCGAUGGACCUGUUAUACGCGCACAUCGCUGUACGAUGUGGAAACACUGUGAUUCUUGUUGUUUAUUAUUAGCAAAUGUUGUUGGACAACAUUAGUUUUAGGGUGAAAUAAAACAUAAAAGCAUACAGAGAAA